ACGAUGGAAGCAUCUCAAUCGAAACGUCGAGGCUUUCUCAACAACAACAGUUCUUUUCAGAACUACUUACGUGGUGUACCGCAAGCUUCAACAUAUAUAUAAUAAAAUAUUAUUGUUAUUUAAUAUUUGUAUGAUUCGUCCAGAUAAUAAUUUGCGUAAUUGUUUGAACUGCAUUUCAACUCCUGGUUAAUUGAUUUCAUUUCAAUUGUUAUGCAUUGAACCCUGGGCCUCAACAGCUGGUAUUGGACACUACCAGUCGAUGACCACACCGUGAACUCCGCAGUAUCUCAUCAUGUGAUGAUACCAAAGAAUGUAUUAUAUACUGUACCCAGUUUCCUACUAAACUUCAUAUCUGGUGUUGAGGUCAAUAAAACAGGGUUGUGUUUUCAUUGGCUAAGUCAACACACCAGCUGUUUAGUAGCCUAGCAGACAGGGAAUUGAUUUGCAAUAAAAACCAGUGUGUUCAUUGGAUACCAGAUACCAUUCAGGCCCAGGACACCCAAGCUUCUUCUUUUCAUGUUAAUGUUUAUCAUAAGAUCAAUUAACAAAGUUCCAGUUCACAAGGACUCCGAUAAGAGGGUACGACGAGAGAUUGCUAAUAGUAACGAGAGACGGCGGAUGCAAAGUAUAAAUGCUGGAUUCCAGUCGUUGAAGACACUUAUACCGCACAGCGAUGGAGAAAAGCUCAGCAAAGCAGCGAUUCUUCAACAAACAGCGGAACAUAUUACACGUAUGGAGCAAGAGAAGACGCAAAUACUGCGAGAAAACAUACAACUGAAGCGACUGGUAGCACGUUAUGAGCGUGGAGAAAUAGAUUCUCCAUCGCCCAAGAAACGAAAACGCUACGACAGUAUGACGGAUGAAGGAAUUGGUAGUCCAGAAUCUGAAGAUGCAUCCGCCACCAUUGACGAUUUGCGAAGAGAAAUGUUGGAAUUGCGUUGCCAAUUGGACCGUGAACGAAGAUUUCGACUUUUACUUGAAGAUCAAAAUAGAGGACUUGAAUCACAACUCUACCCUGAAAAACUAAAAGAAUUGACAAAACAGGUACACUCCAGGGGUACUUACCAAAAUUCUGAGCUUUCAAUUUUACAGCAAGUGCCCAUGGGUCUACCAGUCAUGUCGGCCCCAAUGUCGACGACAUCCCAACAAAACCUUGACACAAUAGUGAAAGCCAUCCGCCAUUUAGAGGGCGAUCAGGGUACGCCCGGAAACACGCCAAUACAAACACCGACGCCGGACCAGCAGCAGGGAAGCGAAAGCGAAACGGAGAGUGAACAAGAAGAACAUUUGUACUCAAGCAAUGCGGGGUCAAAUGUCAAAGUGGAAGUUAUUGAACCUGUACCUGCACCAUACCAAACAUUUCAAUACUCUCGUCCGGGAAUUUAUGUAUCGUGAGACGCCGUUCAAAAACUGUUCCUCCGUGUUGGAUGCCAAGAGUCAGAAUUAAAAAUGAGAUAAUUACACUGGAAUUAUCGAUUUAAUGACCUGCCUUGGAAAUCUAACCAAUAUUUGUGUUUCAUAUGUACAUAUUUAAAGUAUCCAUGUGUUUCUGUUGGUCACCAGGGUUUUUGCAAUAGUCCAACAGUUAACGUCAUUUCAUGGAAUUUGAUCUCCAAAAAUAUUUUUAAUGACUGCCUUUGUUCAAGGGUCUAAAGCUGUCUUCACACUAUCAAAUUUUUGUGAAAAAUACCUGUGAUUUACCCAUAUACAGUGUAUGGGCAUGGUGUGGCAUUAUGUCCAUAUAUGGUUGUGAUAUGACAUCAUUUUACACAUAGGCCAAUAUGGUUGUGAUAUGACAUCAUGCCCAUAUAUGGUCUUGAUAUGAUAUGUCCAUAUAUGGGUAUGAUAUAACAUUAUAUCCAUAUGAUAUUGGUGUGUUAUGACAACCAUAUUGCCAUAUAUGGGAAUGAUGAUGUCAUAUAUGGCAAUGAUGACUAUGGCAAUGAUGAUGUCAUCAUUGCCAUAUAUGGGAAUUUCACAAUAUUUUCACAUAAAUAUCAAUGAUAGUUGGGACAGAGCUUAAACCCCUUUUUUUGGUUUAUCGAUUUAAAAUUUUGUUACUUGUGGUGUUUGUAAAACUCAUUUGAUUCUAAAUCAGUCUGUCAAAAACUAUCUGUACAUUGUUGUUUUGAAAGUGUAAGUGAAUUAUAUUAUAUAAAAAAUUACACCAAGAUAUAUAUUUAGUAUUAUCAAGACAAAAUUCUAGAUGGACGCUACAAAAGUUUGCAUUUAUAUAAUACUAUUUAUAGGAAUUGAGAUGCGAGCUAAAAUUUUCGAGGAAAAAUUUGGUCGAAAUUUAAUGUUUUGAUAAUAAAAAAUAAAGAUUAUUCAGAAUAAAUAUACAGUAUAUAGUAAAUUUGAAUCUUAAGUUAGAGUUUUUAAGGUAACAUCUAUUCCCCUAAAAUAUGAAAAUAAUAAUUUAUGAAAUUCUCCCUAUGUAUGAAUGGAAUGGUCUUACAUUAAUAUUCCAAAUAAGGUUUAGUUUGCCAUUCAAAUGAUAUAGAAACGUUAAAUGAUUAUGCUAAUCAAUAUGAUAGAAUUUGCAAAAAAAUGUUUGAGGGUUUUUCCAACUGUCUUAGGUUAUUCCAUUAUACUCAAGGGGGUGAAAAUUAUGCACGCCCCAGAUGUUGUGCAAAGCAACCGUGCAAUUAACCAUUGCGACUAUGAAGAAUGCUUAAUAGCUGGCCAAGGCUGGUUGGUUACGUUUGGCAGUCUGCCAAAAACAGAGGAAAUUGGAUUUGGGUGCUAGUCAUGAUGUUCCGUUAGGAAGCAUUGCAUUUCCUUGCCAUUAGCAAAUCGGUGAUUCAUACCAUUUGAAAAAUCCCACGGGGAACCGAUUGAAGGCAAGUCACACAGGCCAGGAAACUGCCGCACAGUUCGUAAAAUCGCUGAACCUAUUGCGGUUGGAAAUAAAUUGACAACUAGACAAAAUUAUAUUUGAAUUAUUAAAAAAAGAUCGCAGGUUCCAUUUACUUAUGAAACAAAAUAAGUAUGUUUAUGUUCAACUCAUUUUUUGACUUUGUGUCGAUCGAUAUUUAUUUGCAUAAUUUGCAAAAUUAUAUAUCCACGAUAAAGACUAAAAAAUACUUUAUACAUAUCCAUUUUUGGGUAAUUUUUAUUUAUUUCUAUUUUUUAAGUGUGACGAAAAAAGAAAAAAAAUGAAGCGGUAGGUGCUUUAAUAAUUUUGUGUUUAUUCUGAGGCAUCUGAUGCUCUUGUAUAUAAUGUAAGUAUAGAGAGAGAGAGAGAAUGAGAGAAGUAAUAAGCAAGUUAUGGACAGCAUUAUAUAUGCUAGCCGGCGGUGUCGUUACUUCUUCUCAUAGUAAUUAAGUAGGUAUUUAUUGUGUGUUAGUUAUGUAACAAUUACCCAUACGCUAGAUUAGGUAAAGGCUAUUUAAAUGUGUACAACUUAAACGUAAUGUUCUAGAUCUUGUUAUUCACGAAGUAGUUCCAGAAUUUGAUGUUGCGAACCUGAAAGGACUAUGGCUACAAGUUUAUGCUAAAAUUUUAUUUAAUUUAUAUAGUAUAAAUAUAAUUAAUUUUUUAUUUUAAAAAUGUAAACUUAAUUUUUUUGUCUAAUUUAGUUGUUUUUUUCCCUCAAAAUAUUGACAAAACAAUCACAGAUUUUAAAACAAAAACAUUAAAAAGACUAAUCUAUUAUUCAUCCAUUAAAUUAAUCUUUAUUAUUGAAUUUUCUGUUUAUUAAUGCAAAGCAAAUUUUUGAAUUGAGUGAAAAAAUGACAUUUAAUAAAGUAUAUUUGUUUUCUGAAUUAAAAUUAAGACCCUCCGAAUACCAUUUUCGUUGCUAUAUUAACUGCACCAAAAAAAAAUCCUUUCAGUUUUCAUGCGACAUUCUAUUUCUGGCCAUCUACUUCUUGUGAGGGCUUCUGAAUUAUUUCUACAUUGACUAUGUAAACUUAAACUUGUUCUGCUUCACCGGUUCCAUCAAUAUAAACAGUGGUAGUUCCAGAAAUAUGCCGUUAGGGGUCCGAACCGAGACGCUGACUAGAGCCUCGGUCAGGGUCCCGGAAUAAAAAAAUCCCUGGUAGGGUUUCACAGGGUGAGUUUAUGGCUUAGUGAGGCCCAAAUUAUGCUUUUAAACCACAAUAUUAGUGAUUGGCCAUCAUAAUGUUAUUUUGAUAGGAAAAUUAUUAUUUUUGUUCCGACGACCCCGUUGUGUUGGACGACGGGGGUCAUGACCUGUCUGACGGCCGCUGGUGCCACCACUGAAUAUAAACUCAAAAACCAGCCGUGUGUGGCUUUUGCGUUUUUGUGGUGAUAGGGAACAGGCAUGUUUGGUCUGUUUUGUGUGAUAGUGGAGAAAACGCAAUGCAAUUAAUUUUCUAGUUCAUAUAUUGUGUGGUAUUAUGUCCAGCAUAUAAUGUUUAUACUUAUAUAUAUAACAAUGCAAAACCAACAGUGUGAUAAAUAUACAAAUAAAAAAAAAACUGGGAUGGGGACACUUUUAGGUUUAAGUACAAGUAAUUUGAUCUUAAUUUAUCAUAAAUCCAGUAGAAUAUAAGUGAAUACAAAUUUAUCAUUUUAUUUACUAUGCGAGGAUCUACAUAAUUAAAUUACAGAAAAUUCCGAUCUUUUUUGUGGGAUAGAUUUUGAAGGUAAAAUGGCAAAUAUAUAAACAAAAUUUCUCCUCCCCUUAGUAUCAUUCGAUCCAGAGGAGUGGUGGACACUGGGGGUAGGGAAAGGGGAGCUUUAAUACGUCCCUUGUCAACAGCCAAAAAUCAGGUGUAAAAGAUUUCAAAAUUGCUAAAACUCUGCCACUUUGAAGAGGUGUUGGUGCUUUCAACCCACAUUAGCUUUGGGAACACCCCCGGCCUCUGCCUCGGAAAAAUAGGACCUUGACAGGCAGGUUCCGACCCCAGCAAAUUACAAUCUGGAUCCAACCAUGCAAUUCAUGUGUGUUUAGGUGUGGGACAUGUAGGCCUAUAUAGGUGAUAUAUGUAUUAUUAGUGGGGAAAUAUGCCUAACACUUGAAAUUCAGACCAAAGCUUUUACAAUUGUAUCCACACACAACACAUACAUACUUGCGCCUACACACUUGUUGAAUUGAAGCCUUAUGCAUAACCAGUAGAUGUUUUUAUUCCGACUGCCAUUAAAUAAUACUGUAGUUCCUUUGGUAUACGCCCAUCUGCCUUGAACACAUAAUUGGGCCAAUAUUUGGUGUGGGCUUGUACCCGAGGAAUCCCCUUUUUAAUCAAAUGACGAUUAUUCAGCACUUCGCCUAUUCGGUGCCAAUAUUUUAUAUUAUUUUUUGAGAAUAUUUGUAUGGCCUGGGCCUUUGCUCGAGGAAAGGCUGGUAUGUAUGGUUGGGCGUAAAGUAGAGGGUGGGCUUAUGCCUGAGGAGCUACGGUCCUAGUUUUUUGUAAUUGUAAUGAGGGACCAACAUUGUCACAUUGUUCACUUCCGAAUGAGGCAUUGUUUAAAAUGCCUGUCGUACAUCAGUUGGGUGUGUGGUAUCCAUACCUUGGUUUAUAAUGCUGUUAAAUAGAACAUAGUUAAUCAUAUAAUCAAUGAUUGAAUAGCGAUCUACUUUCUUAACAAAAAAUGAGCCAUCGAUAUGAACUCUGCCAUAAAUAAUCAAUGAUUAGGAUUGAAAAUCAAAUACGUUAUCUUCAGCUGAACUUUUUAAUGCGUAUGUUCUUCAUCCUCAUGUCUCGGGUAGCAUGUUGGAAAAUACAUCUUUUCCAGCCGGAUUUGAGUGAAUUGCUGUAUUAAAAUGUUUUAUCAAUUUUGAUAGUGAUAUUAAAAAUUUUGAUUAUCUUAAUCCCUUCAUUUUUGGGCAGUGUAUAUAUAUAUUUAGCUACGCUACAGUUGUUACUAGAUGUUCACACAGUAUUUUUGUGACUAAUAUUGAGGGCGCACUCCAAAAUGUUAGCUUUAAAACGAUAGGCAAAUACUAGUUAAAACCAGUAAAAUAUACAUCUUUGUAUAUCACUUUGCAUAAUCCCUAGUAAUCCAUUUAUGUUUACAUAAUCUGUUAUUAAUCUGUUUAUUUGCUAAGCUUCAAGAUGCAUUUGGCAGCUGAAAAUUUUUGAUUACAAUCACUUGUUAUGAUGUACUUUGUUGAGCUCUGUCGAGAUUAUAAAAUUUUCUUUGACAAACAACUGUUGUAUGGCCAUAUAUAGUCAUGAUGUGCCUAUAUAUGGUCAUGAUGUGAUGUCAUGACAAUAUUUAGGCAUGUCACAUGUUUUUGUUAAAUGAAAUUUGAUGGUCUGGACAGAGCUCUGAAAUUGAUUGUUCAUGUUUGUGAAUUUCCUAUCAAAUAAACCAGUCAGACUAUAGAUA